AUGAGCACACUCGAAGUAAGGCAAUCAGACCCAACCAAUAAGUCAUUGCUUGUAACUCCAGAUGUUCUCAAAUAUGAAGCAUUUAUUCAAAAAAUUCACAAAAUUAAAUCGGAACAAGAUAAUCACAUACAUCCACAAGAACUUGUUAAAGAAUUAAACCAGUUUGAUAUCCAAAUUCAACAGGUGAAAGAUUUAAGAAAAUACAACUCAGAUUUCAUUCAAAAAUCAUGCAAAUUUGGAUUACAAAGAGCUAAUGAUGAAUAUGAACACGCAUUAGAAGUUAUUGCCUCAAAGUCCAAUUCAAUGUCAACAAGUUCUGAGCCAGAACAAACUGAAAUUACGGAAAUAGUUUAA